CUCCACCACCCCCACCCGCUCGCUUGCUCAUCCGCCUCGCCGUCGCGCCUGCCAGGCAAGCCUUCGCCUCUCGGCACUGGCCGCUGCUCCUGCCUCGGCGCCGGCAGCAGGCGCGCGCCCGCCGCGUCGCUCUCUGCUCGCCCGCACGCUGCGACCCUGAGCGCUGCUGCUGCGCCUGCUACCUGUCGCGUACCCUCCUCCUACUGCGUGCAGGACACAUCGCACUCGCACCGUCUCCUGCGACACUCGGCAUGGCGCCGACGCUCACCGGCCUGCCUGGCCCUCCAAUGUCCGCCGGCGUGCGCUCCCGCUCGCGCUCCUCGAGCGCCUCGUCCAACGUGGCGCCGCGCUCAGGCGGACCGCUACCGGCCAGCGCCACACAGCAGCCGCAGUCGGGCACGUCGGGCGAAGGCAUGCGCCGCGGCCGCGUGCGCACACUCAGCGUCAGCGGCUCCAUGUCGGUGCCGCACUUCCUGCGCCCUUCGGGCUCGCCGCUGCGUGCGCGCUUCAGUCGGUGGGCUGCAAAGCAUCUGAACUUUUACCGCGUGCACGUCCUCUACUUCGUCUUCACGCCGCUCAUUGCGUCGGGCAUCUUCUACGCCGCCAACGAAGACGUGCGCGUGCCGUACAUCGACUGCCUCUUCGUCUGCGUCUCGGCCAUGACGGUUACCGGCCUCGCGACGAUCAACAUCAGCACGACGACGACGUUCCAGCAGUUCAUCCUCUUCUUCCUGAUGUGCAUCGGCAACCUGACGGCCGUGAGCGCGACGAUGGUGUGGACGCGGCGCCGGUUCUUCCGUCGCAAGUUUGAGGACGUCGUUGCGCGCUCCUCGCGCGCACGCAAGCGCAUGCGCGAUGUGGAAGACGCCGAGCGCCGCGCAGGAGGCACGCUCGGCAAGGUCAAGCGCCUGCUCCACAUGCAAGAGGGCGAGACUGGAGAGAAGUCGCUCGGCGGCAGCUCGGGCAGCACCGACGACUUUGUGCCCUCGGGCGCCACGUCGCCGCGCAGGCCUCACCCGGCGCACAAGCACUCGGCCAAGCGCAAGGGCCCGCUCACGCUCGACAUGAUCCGCCGCGUCGACGAGCCGGCCGUGCUCGUCAAUCCGAUGGGCAUGCCCUCAAUCGCGCACUACGACUCGCGCGAGGCCAACCGAGCGAACGAGGCGCCUCCUUCCGCUGAGGAAGCGACGCCUCGCGGCAUCCUCAGCUCCGGCGCAGAAGACUCGCCGAACAAUGCCAAUACCGGCAGCAUCCGCAUCGCCGAGCCGACGCGCUUCCUGCGCGGGCCCAUCAUCGUCGAGUCGCCUGCAGAGAUCGAGAGCCGCGAGGGGCUCGACAACGGCAGCGCUCUGUCUGACCAGGAUGGCCGCGCGCUGCCGCCGCUGUCCGCUGGCCGACGCACCUUUGGCGAGAACGGGCCGCCUAGCGGCGACGGCCUGCGCACACGCUUCGACGAGCCCGCCAUGCGUCGGCGCCGUCUCUCCGACCCGCCUGAGCACGCAGGCAGCCGCAUGCGCCGCGGCUCUGACGGCGCACUGGCCAACGCACACCGCGGCCUGCGUCCGCCCGCGCCCGACUUUCCGCGCUCGCAGACCGUCGAGUUUGCCGAUCCGCCGCGCGCUGACCGCACGCCGACGGCGCCCGAGCGCGCUGCCACGACGGCCUUCUCGCCGAACACGCAGGGCCUGCGCUACCGCGGCACCGGCCUGGAGUUUGAGAGGACACAGACGAUGUACACGAACCGCUCGUACGGCCGGCGCAGCUCCGUCGGCGGCUCGGCGCUGGCACGCGUGCCCACGGCGUCGAAGGAGCGCGGCUUCGGCGGCUUCCCGACGCCCAUCGAGCUGGCCGGCUCGCUGAUCAAGCGCGUGGCGCCGUCGGUGCAGCGCACCAUGACGCGCUCCAUGACGAUGCCGCGCACAAGCACCAUUGCCUCGAUGCAGUCCGGCGGCGGCGCCACCGACGCCGGCGUGCGCAGUGCGCCGUAUCUCAGCUUCGACGUGACGGUGAGCCGCAACUCGCGCUUCCACGAGCUGAGCGAGGCGCAGCGCGAGGAGCUCGGCGGCGUCGAGUACCGCGCCAUCGACAUGCUCUGCUGGCUCGUGCCGGCGUACUGGCUGCUGAUGAACUUCUUCUUCAUCAUCCUCGUCGCGCCCUGGCUCGCCACGCCCUCGGCCGCGCAGAACUUCUACGCCGUGCGCGAGACGCAGGCGCCGCACACGCCCAACUCGACGUGGUUCUGGUUCUUCCAGGUCGUCUCGGCCUACACCAACACGGGCCUCUCGCUCAUCGACACGAGCAUGAUCCAGCUGGCAGACCAGUACUUUAUGCUGAUACCCAUCGGCACGCUCAUCAUGGCCGGCAACACGGCCUUUCCCAUCAUCCUGCGCUUCUUCAUCUGGACGCUCUCCAAGAUCGUGCCGCGCGGCGGCCGCUCAUAUGAGACGCUGCACUUUCUCCUCGACCACCCGCGCCGCUGCUUCGUGUAUCUCUUUCCUAGCGCGCAGACGUGGUUCCUGCUCUUUGUGCUCGUCGUGCUCAACUGCACCGACUGGAUCGCGUUCCUCGUGCUCGACAUCACGAACCCCGUCAUCCAGGCGAUUCCGACGGGCCAGCGCGUCUUCGACGGCCUCUUCCAGUCGAUUGCCGUGCGCGCUGCCGGCUUCCAGGUCGUGUCGCUGCUCUCGCUCGCGCCCUCGGUGCAGUAUCUCUACGUCAUCAUGAUGUACAUCUCCGCCUACCCGAUCGCCAUGUCGGUGCGCAACACCAACGUCUACGAGGAGCGUGCGCUCGGUGUUUACGACGAGGAGCCCGACGACGACGACGACGCGCCGACGCGCGGCGGCGCCAAGGUGUGGGGCACGUACCUCGCCGCGCACGCGCGCCGCCAGCUGGCGUUCGACAUCUGGUGGCUCGGCUUCGCGCUGUGGCUCAUCACGAUCAUCGAGAAGACGAACAUCGAGGACCCAGCGACCAAUGGCUGGUUCACCAUCUUCUCGUGCCUGUUCGAGCUGACGAGCGCGUACGGCACCGUCGGCCUGAGCACCGGCACGCCCGUUGACAACUUCUCGCUCUCGGGCCGCUUCCGCACGCUCUCGAAGCUCGUCGUCUGCGCCGUCAUGCUGCGUGGCCGCCACCGUGGCCUGCCCGUCGCCAUCGACCGCGCCGUGCUGCUGCCGAGCGAGCUCGAGAUCGAGGACGCUGGCCGUGCACCCACGAGCAACGGCGACGACGACAUGCUCGCCAGCACCGGCUAUGGCACCAACAGCAUGCGCGCCAGCACUGGCAUCGGCAUGCCGCUCACGCGCACAUCGACGGGCGGCGCCUUCCGUUUCGACGAGAAGGACGACGGCGAGACAGGGCAGUACGCUGGCUACCCCGACGUCAGCCCGUUUACGCAGGGCCUCGCGCCGAUCAAGGAAGGCACGCCGUCCGGCACGCCUGCGGGCACCGGCAGCGCCUCGGCGCAGCAGCUCGGCAGCUACUCGGAGCAGCAGCAGUCGCAAGACACCAGCAUGCGUAUCCGCCGCUCGGACAGCCCGGACAGUAUGACGGGCGAGAGCAGCUCGGCUUCAGGCCACAGCAGCGCGCCGAAGAGCAAAGGCGCGGCAGGCGAGCUCGAUGUGCCGCACCUCGACGCCGGCUCGACGGCGCUCGACCCUAGCAACCCCUCGCACAGCAGCCACUCGGACGAGUCCGGCCCUAGCCGUGCCUCCGCUGCUGCAGCGCCGACGACUGCACCAAAGAGCAGCGUCUCCACAGACCAGCCGCAGCACGCGGCCGCACCGCAAUAACACGACGAGCGGGAGGCGCCGGCUGGCUGGAUCCUCAGCUCGCGUCUUCUGUCACCGACUCGGCCUCAAUUGUUCAUACGUCUCGACCUUGGACCAUACAUUCGUUAUGCAUGACAUUUGCGCG